AUCGACGGUUGGGUUCUCUCUCUCUAUCACUGCCGCCGCAUAGUCACCAUUUGUUCCCCUAAGCUCCGGCCACGCGUUCUUCCCUGCGAUCACGUUAGACCGGUCAAUAAUUUACAUUUGGUAUUUAAUUUGGAGAUCAAUAAGCUCAUGUUUGGAGUAUAAAUGGCGGAUACGCCUUCGAGCCCGGCCGGAGAUGGCGGAGAAAGCGGCGGCUCGGUUAGGGAGCAGGAUCGAUACCUUCCGAUAGCUAAUAUCAGCAGGAUCAUGAAGAAAGCGUUGCCUCCUAAUGGAAAGAUUGGUAAAGAUGCUAAGGAUACUGUCCAGGAAUGUGUCUCUGAGUUCAUCAGCUUCAUCACUAGCGAGGCCAGUGAUAAGUGUCAAAAAGAGAAAAGAAAAACUGUGAAUGGUGAUGAUUUGUUAUGGGCAAUGGCAACAUUAGGAUUUGAGGAUUAUCUGGAACCCCUAAAGAUAUACCUAGCGAGGUACAGGGAGUUGGAGGGUGAUAAUAAGGGAUCAGGAAAGAGCGGAGAUGGAUCUAAUAGAGAUGCAGGUGGCGGUGUUUCUGGUGAAGAAAUGCCGAGCUGGCCUUUGUUUUUCCAAAUUCAAAAUUCUGUUCUUCAGAAUCAAGAAGAGACUAUGGAAUUUCAAGAAGCUGGUUCAACAUCGACAGCAAGAGUAAAGAUUGACUUUGUGGAGCAGAUGAAAGAUAAAGAGAGUAAAUGGAAUCAUCGCAAAAGCUUGGCCUGGGACACUGCUUUUUUCACCAACCCUGGAGUGUUAGAUCCUGAAGAAUUGUUUGGGAGCUUAAAGAUUGACGAGAAUGAGAUUGAAGUUGAAGUAAAUCAUAAGCACUCUAUCAAGACACUUCCUUCGGAAACCGAUGCUCGUCCAAGUUUUGCUUGGGACAACGCUUUUUUUACUGAUCCAGGUGUUCUUGACGCUGAGGAGUUGUCUCUUAUGAACAAUGGUUUCACCAGUAACACAAAGCUUCGUAAGUCCGCAGAUUCGAUGACGACGACAACUCAAGGAAGCAGAUUUUCUGUAGCGAGCAUUGAAUUUGAUCUGUUUCACGAGUUGAGAGCCUCUUUACGUAAUUCACCGAAUGUGAAGCAGACAGUAACUCGAGAGAGCCACCGUAAGUUACCAGAUGGUAAAAAGAGGACUAAAGGGUACAAACAAAAAGAUCAACCUUUGAGUCUCAUUCCUCAACCAAAAGUGUCUUUUUCUUCUUCUUCUUCUUCAUCCACCAUCUCCAAACCUUUGACUCCUUGUCAAGCUACCCGCGAAAAGAAAUGUGUUGCGAGUGAACUCGGAAAAACUAGGGGAAAACACAAGAAUCAUGGGUUUGAAGAACAAUCUGGAUCAAAAUCUAACAUAAGGUCAUCUUAUUCAAGUUACGCAUUCAAGUAUUUGACAUCAUCCUCCUCUGGUCUGAGGUUACCACUUCCAAAGAUGAGUUUUUUCGACUCGCAGGAGAACGGAGAGAAAGAAAACAGAGAACCAAAUGCUGUUGAAGCAAACAGAAGAAGAAGACACAAAUCCAAACUUGAGACUUCUUCUUCUACACCAGAAAACCGCAGCAUUCUGGGGCAACGCAAGAUGCGAAAGUGAAAAACGAUCAAUGAUUUAUUUUGGUAUUGGAUGCGUUACAAGGAAUCGUUUGCAUGUUUAGCCGGUGUUCCUUGUUGGAUA